AUGGUUCGAUUAUUAUGGUUUGAUUAUUACGUCCAUGUAUACCGAUCACCUUCGCGGAAGCAUUCGGCAAUUGUCUCAUUUCUGCAUGUUGGCAUUGCAGUGAUGACUGUUCAUGCUUUCUUUCUUUCUUUCUUGUGUAGGCAAUCUUUUUUUUUCUUUCUUUCUUUCUCUCAUUUUUCGGAGGCCUUUGUUAAUUUUUCUUUCAUAACCAUUCUUUCUUUCUUUCUUCUUAGGUCCUUCUCUUUUUACCUCUGUGUUUUGCCUUAUACCUUCUUUCUUUCUUUCGUGUGUAGGCAAUCUUUUUUUUUCUUUCUUUCUUUCUCUCAUUUUUCGGAGGCCUUUCUUAAUUUUUCUUUCAUAACCAUUCUUUCUUUCUUUCUUUCUUUCUUUCUAGGUCUUUCUCUUUUCAGCUCUGUGUUUUGCCUUAUACCUUCUUUCUUUCUUUCUUUUUUUCUUUCUUUUUUUCUCUCAUUUUUCGGGAGCCUUUCUUUUCUCACUUCUGCGUUUUGUCGUGUGCCUUCUUUCUAUCUUCUUCCAUUCUUUUCUGUUAUUUUAGUUUCGUUGGCCUUUCUUUCUUUGUUUUUUUUCUUUCUUUCUUGUUUGCCUUCUUUAUUUUUGAAUUUUUCAUGCACUUCUAUUGUUUGUUACUUUCUUUCAUUCAUCUAUCAUUCUUUUUAUUCUCUUUCUCUCUUUCUCUCUUCGGCUUCGUUCAUUCUCUCUCUCUCUCUCUCUCACUCUCUCUCUCACUCUCUCUCUCUCUUUCUUUCUUUCUCUCUCACUCUAUCUCUCUAA